AUGUCCUCUUCGUUUUCUGGAGCAACACUUGUUGUUGGUCUUGGUGGGGUAACGAAUGGCGGAAAGACCACGAUGUGUAAAGCUCUUGAAGAUUUAUUUUCUUCUAACAAGUACCAUCUACGUGUGAAAUCAUUGCAUAUGGAUGAUUAUUUCCAUCCAACCGACGACCCACGUCAUAUUCAUUUAGAAGAAUUCAAUCAUCAUGAUUGGGAUUGUUUAGAAGCACUUGACACUGAUCGGUUUAUUGCUGACGUUCAAUCGUUCCGUUCUCAAUGUGAUCUUUUAUUAGUCGAAGGCUUUCUUAUCUUUAACGUUUCAUCACCAAAACAUUCCAAACUAUUUGAUCUUGGUUAUUACUUUGAUUUGCCGUAUGAGGAAUGUCGACGACGACGAUCCAGUCGAAAUUAUGAUCCACCGGAUCCCGAAGGUUACUUCGAAGGACAUGUUUGGCAAGCUUAUGUCAACGCAAAGACAGAUGCAUUGGAACAAAAUAAACAUUUGGGAUUAGAAUUAAUCGAUACGACAAAAGAGUCCUUCGACCAAGUUCAAGCAAAAAUUGUUAGUGAUAUUGAAAGAAGUUUAAAGCAUGGGUGA